UUAAGUUCACAGAGUGCUGAGUGACCGGAGUCCGCUUCUACUGUGAGUCUGAACCUGGAGGAUCCAGAUCAGAACCAUCAGGAGGACUGACCGGGACCGGGAUCAAAACCAGGACCCAGGACCAGGAGGAUGUCCCGGGCGGAGGAGCGUGAGGAGGCGGACUGUGUGUGUUCGGUCGGGAUGAAGUUCACGUGGGACAUCAACGACCCCAAACUGCCGCAGGACACAAAGCAGUUCGACCCGUUCCAGGAGUGGACAGACGGUUAUGUUCGGUUCAUCUACAGCGCUGAUGAUAAGAACGCUCAGAGACAUCUCUCUGGCUGGGCGAUGAGAAACACCAACAACCACAACUGUCAGAUCCUGAAGAAAUCAUGUCUAGGCGUGGUGGUCUGUUCUCGAGGCUGCACGCUGCCCGACGGGUCCAGACUACAGCUCCGCCCUGCCAUCUGUGACAAAGCCCGGCAGAAACAGCAGAAGAAGCUGUGUCCGAGCUGUAACGCCACCCUGGAGUUGCUACCGUGUCGUGGCCACAGCGGUUACCCCGUCACAAACUUCUGGAGAGUCGACGGAAAGGCCAUCUUCUUCCAGGCCAAAGGGGUCCAUGAUCAUCCCAGACCAGAGUCCAAGUCAGAGACUGAAGCCAGAAGAAGUUCAGUGAAGAGACGAGUGGGUUCGCCACCGUUCACACCCAAGAGACGACUCAUCGAAACACAGGCUCUGGGCCCCGCCCUCCUCUCCUGUGUCGAUCCAUCAGACAGAAUCUCCUUCAUCGAGCCAAAUUUCCCACAGCAUUACCCAGCAUUCCAAAGCCCAGACCCCUACUACAACCCCCAUAAUGCACUAGGGGAUACUUCGCCUGCACUUCAAAAACCAACCAAUCCCAGGCUUUACAUGGGCCGGCCUGGCUAUGAAUUCCAAGGAUACCUCGCCUCACCUUCGUAUCCCAUGACCUCUGACCUCUGUGACCCCAGGGUGGCCCCGGUCCUGGGUUCCUCUUCUUCCUCCACUUCAUCGUCGGCUCCUCUCUCCUCCCCCUCCUCCUUCGACCCUCAGACGAAGCCUCCUGCAGGCUGGAAGGAUCUGCUGAAGAGCUCUGCCCCCUAUGGUGACAACCAUCAUUACUACAGCGCAGAGUACCCCUGCCGGUACCCCAGCAACACCCCAGGGUCCCCUGCAGCGCUGCAAACCAUCAUCACUACGACAACCAAGGUCUCUUAUCAGCCCUGUCCAAAGCCUCCUGCAGCCCUCCCUUCUUAUCAAUCAUGUCCUAAACCUCCUGCUGGCCUCCAGUCCUACCAGCCCUGUGCACCCCCAAAACCUCCUGGUCUUCCAGGCUGCUCUUCCCUGAUGGAUGACGCCUCCUCUUCCUCGUACUCCACUGAGGUAAAAGUGACGGAGGAGUCAGGUGGAGUCAUCAAGUCUCUGUCAUUUCAGCCCGAACCCCUGCAGACCAAAACAGAGCGAGCCGACGGGUACGACUACCGCUACGCCUACCCCAACACGUACCGCUACGAUGACUACUGACACAGCACUACCCCCACCACCGUUACCAUGGCUUCUGCUACCACAACUACGGUUACCACAACUACCACCAUGCUUACCCCAACAUGUACAGCUAUGCUAAUAGUGAUGCAGCACUACCCUCACAGCCGAUACCACGACUACUGCUACCCCACAUGUACUACUAUGAUGACUGAUGAUACAGCAUUACCUUCAUUGCUGGGACUACUGAUACUACAGCUACUACAAUGAGAGAAACUAUUGCUACUGCCCUAACAGAUACUUAGUCUACUACAAACUGUGUCAUACAAUAACUACUGAAUGACAUAUUGAACUACCGCUGAACUACUGGAUGCAGUUGAGAGGACGUGGAUUAUUAGGACUAAACUCGAACUGUACCAAAACUUUGGUCGAGGAGAAACUUUCUGAAGACAAGAAUGGAGUACUUUUAUGUUUCUGAAGAAGAUCCUUUUCCAGCUCAGAGACUCCAGCUCCAGUCUUCCUCGAGCACCGCUUUCAGGAUAGAAAGUAAAUUAACUGAAAUUAAAUUUAAUGUCAAAAUGGUAUCUCGAAAGAGUUCGGUUGGGCCUAAUACCUUAACACAAGACCCAUACACUUGGUGUUUCUGGAACUUUCAGGCAGAUCUUAUGGCCUUCCAAAGAGUUACAAUUGGCAUUUCAUGGUUUUGUCUGUUGUCAAAUGAAGUCUGGGAUUUCAGUACAGGUGUCAUAUUUGGGGUAGAAUCUUUACAGGUUAUCAUGUGAGUGAGUUGACACUACAUUUAGAGUCCCCCGGAGUGAGGUGUGUCACUCCCUUUAGAGUCCUCAGAAGUGAUGUGUGUCACCCCCUUUAGAGUCCCCAGAAGUGAUGUGUGUCACUCCCUUGGGGGUCCUCAGAAGUGAUGUGUGUCACUCCCUUUAGAGUCCUCAGAAGUGAUGUAUGUCACUCCCUUUAGAGUCCCCCAGUGUGAGGUGUGUCACUACCUUAAGAGUCCCCAGGAGUAAGGUCUAUCACUCUGCUCAGAGUCCCCCAGAACUGAGAUGCAUCACUUAUUUUAGGGUUCUCAGAAUUGAGGUGCAUUGGGUCACGUGAUAACAAACUAAACUAUCCCUAUUUGCAAAUGUGGAACACCGUUUGCUGAAGAAGGCCAUGAGAUGUGGCUGAAGCUUUAACACAAGUCAAGUCAAAAUUUAUUUAUAUCCACCAAAAUCAUAAAUCACAAUUGGCCAAAUUUACAAUUUUUUUCAAAUGUUGUUUCCAUAGCCAAGUAUAAACAUUCAUGCUCAGGACUCGGUUAUUUUGAAAUAAUAUUAAACCACAAAUUACCUCAGAAAGAACCAGGUCUUUAUUUCUAAUGUCCUCUCUUUUAUAUUUGAACAUAUUUUAGUAAGAAGUCUCCCUGUUUUCUGAUCUGAUUGACUAAAAACAUGAAAUAUUAGACCUUCAAAUAUUAUUUUACAGUCACUGAAUUCAGAAAUGACAUUGAAUCUGUCAUUGAUUAUCACCAUGUUUCUGUUGUCUUGGUUAUUUAUUGAACGGUCAGUAAACCUGUUGUUGUGACCUACAUACAGAAUGAAAGAACAAACUGAAUCAGACGGUUUUUGACUGAAGAGAUUUGUCAGAUGAAAAUAUGUCAAAAUGUCUCACAUUAAACA